AUGCUCGGUUUCGGAGCGCCGGCAGCGAUCCUGAUCAGACGCAACAACGGUCGGCGCCUACUACUCGACGAAGCAGAGCGGCGCCGUCAGUCGAGUAGACCCCCCCCCAUGGCGGAAGAGAGACAGUCCUACGAGUCGGAUACCACGUCCGUGCACGUAGUCUCCUUAUACAUGUACACAGGUUUCAACCGUGACGCGGUGUCCGUCUUGUCUCCCGGAGCGAGGCAAUGCGUGCACGACCUGAGAUCGCGCAGCUGGCCCGAAGUCCUCGGUGCCGGCGAACAAAUAAUCAUCGACAACUUCGAGGACUUCGUGAGAGGGCCACCCCCGUUGGCAUAUGUGGAGCCAGUGCAGAGGACCGUGCCGAGGUCCGCCGGUCUGGACGGGUCCGCUGCGACGCCCGCUUACUUUCCACCUCCGCCCAGGAAAAGCAGAAAAGAGGAACAGUUGUUUGCAAGAAGACUGGCGAGGGUGGUGGCGGGCCACACCGUUUAA